AUGAACGGAUCUUACCUUUUCGCUGCUUUCGCCGCUUUGGUGGCUGUGGCUUCCGCCGCUGCCCAUGAUAGGAAUCUCACUGGCAAGGAAAUGGUGGAGAAGGGAUCUCCUCGCCUGCUGUUCGCCGGCAACGCCUCCCUUGACCUCUUCGCUGCUGUUGACGAGUCUGUCAUCAAGUCCCUUGACAAGUCCAAGGCUAGGCCUAAGGGUAUUACCAUGAAAUCUAUUAAGAAGGUUGCUGACAAGAUUCUUAUCGACACUAAGACCCCUACUGAGCCCUCCGCCAACGCCGCGCGCGCCUACGCUUACUGCGGUGGCAAGGCCGCCUACUUCGGCGUCCUCGGUAAGGAUGAUUUGGCCGACGAAUUCGACAACUACCUUACCUACAACGGCGUUGAAAUGAAGACCAUCCGCAGGCCGGACAUGCACACCAGCCGCCUCUACGCCUUGGCCACCCCUGAUGGCAUGUACAACAAGUACUACCUGCCCGGUGCCGCCGAGACCCUCACUGUCGACGACUUGGACGAGUCGAUCAUGGACAAGUUCGACUUCUACGUUGUUAACGGUUUCAUGUUGGGUUCCCCUGCCACCGUUGAGUUCACCAACAAGAUGGUCGACGCUGCCCUUAGCCGUGGCAAGAAGAUCAUUACCCUGUUCGCCAACACUGUGUGCGUCAAGAAGUACGGUGAUCUCUUGAAGCCCAUUGCUGAGAAAUCUGCUUACUUGAGUGGUAACCUUGAGGAGUACUUGAGGCUUUACAACUUUGACACUGCGGAGGAGCUCUUCGAGUACUUCGAGGACCUAACCUCUGUUAAGAAGCUCCAGCACAAGACCGUUAUUAUCACUAUGGGAACCAACGGUGCUGUCAUUAUUUUCCGUGGCAGGCGUUUCGAGAUUCCGGCCACUGGCGUUACCCUCAUCAACACCACUGGUGCUGGUGACUUCUUCGCCGGUGCUAUGCUGUACGGUCUUCUCAACGGAUACUCUAUCUACCAGGCUGGUGAAUUCGCUCGCGCUAUUGUCGGCGACGUCCUCUCGAAAAUGAGCAGGAGGAUCGGAGACGGUAUUCGCCACCAGAUUAACCACAUCAAGAAUGCUGCCUAA